GCGUCACGUCCCCUUAUUUACCGCGCCACUUCCGUCGUGUUUAGCUAACCAUAACAAACAUGGCGACUUACAGGCAGGUCGGCAGAUUGUUGGGUAUUUCAGCAAGACUUUCUCGUCUUCUUGCUGUCAGUGGGUUUCAGAGCACUGGAUUACACUUGCCUUCACAUACCACAGGAGUUUCAAACAGAUGGCCCUCAAACCCCAUCUGGAUUGUUCCUGGAAGGACCAUGUUUGUGCAGACGCAGGAUACACCAAAUCCAAACAGCAUGAAGUUCCUGCCUGGCCGGACAGUUCUUGAAACAGGAACUAUGAAUUUUGCGGGCCCUCGUGAGGCACACUGCUCACCUCUAGCCAGGCAGCUUUUUAGGAUCGAUGGAGUCAAGAGUGUGUUCCUGGGCCCUGACUUUAUUACCAUCACAAAGGCUGACCCAAAUUUGGAAUGGAAGGUAAUUAAGCCUGAUGUGUUUGCUACCAUUAUGGACUUUUUUACCUCCGGGCUUCCUGUUGUAAACGAGGACAGCCAGCCAAGCCCAGAUACAGCACCGUCAGACGACGACGACGAGGUAGUUGCUAUGAUUAAAGAACUACUAGAGACUCGAAUAAGGCCAACUGUGCAAGAGGACGGGGGAGAUGUUCUAUACCGCGGAUUUGAAGAUGGCAUUGUUAAACUGAAGCUGCAGGGCUCUUGCACCAGUUGCCCCAGUUCAAUUGUGACUUUGAAGAGUGGCAUCCAAAACAUGCUACAGUUUUAUGUACCUGAGGUUGAAUCGGUGGAACAGGUGAAGGAGGAGGAGGAGGCUGCUCAAGUCUGAACCACUGAAAUCAUACACAUUCCUGUCUCUACCAGCUACUGACUUUAAUGCAAGCAAUAGUUGCAAUAAAAUGUGUUUGAUAGCACAGCUGUGUGAAAGAAACAGUCACCAUUAUCAAUUCAGAUGUAAUCUUGUAUGUGUUGUUUCUCAGCUGUUUGUUUUUUUGGGGGUUUUUUGUACAGUGACAGUAUUUAACAAGAAUAGCCCAGUCACAGGAACAGCUGACUGUAAUAAUUUAUUACUCCACAUCUGUCAAGCAAGAAAAGCAGCCUUUUAGUUUUAAAAUCAGUAUAUUAUAUGUGUAUAAAUAAAGUUUGUUAUAAUAUUUUGUGA